UGUUUUAUGGUUAGUGAUGUUGAAAAUCUUUCUGUUAUAUGGAAACAUGACACUGCACUACUGAAUAAAGCAGUGUUUCCCAAACUUUUUUUUAGCCUUGGCACAGUUUACAUCAACACACCAAUCACUGAGAUAUAUACAUGGAUAUAUAUAAUCUAAUAUACUUAAAUCUAAUAUAUUUACAAUCCAAUACCAUACAGGAUACUGUGUAAUCUAAUAUACUUACUAACAUUACAUUUAAUUUAUGUAUUAGCAGUCAUAAAUCUUUUUUAAAUCUAUAUAUGGUCAUUAACAUUUUGACAACAGUGUUUAAUUUAAAUUGUUUACAUUUUCAGUUGUUGAGUAGAAUCAGCUAAAACAUGAGAUCAUUAUGAAAAAGAUUCUAAUGUAUUACAAUCAUUAUUCAUCUGAGAAAUGUUUGUGUUCAACAGAAAAUCAUGCCGACAUGCAACGGAUAACAAUUAGGCCUAUAUGCAGGAAAAAGCUGAUCAUAACUUUGCUAAUAAUCUGGCAUGACAUUUGUUUAGGCAGCCAAAACAGAGACUAUGAAUGUGUCUCUUGUCAAAUGUCUGAGAUUUAGCAGCCCUAAAUAAUCUCAAUUUGUUUACUAUAAUAACCAAAUACUUGAUUUUCAUGCUUGCCAUUGAAAAAGUUCUCUUGGUAUUGCAGAUGAUGUUUCAAUUCUAAACAAACAUGCGUGUUGUUUACCGUCACUUAUUAAUCUAUGAUGGAUCGUCAUGUUUGCUUUUAGAGUUCAUCAAAAGCGAGAAAGCAGCCUACAGUUUUACUGUUUAAUCACAAUGUCAAUAUAAUAAAUAAACCCUUGUCAAUUGUUCAUUUUCCCUAGUGACUUAGUAGCCUUCUGUAGACUAAUUACUCUGUCAGCUUUGUAAAGUGUUUGUGAUCAUGAAAUUAAAAUAACCAUAAAUCAGUGCUUUUGCUAUAUAAAACAUAAUAACAGGGAAAAUAAAAUGGGAACAUCUGACUGACGAUCAGUUGAAGCAGUGUGAAAGAGUGGUUCAGUGGUUAAUGGUCUGAUCUAACAAAACCGAAUCAUUUUCAACACUCAGAUCAAAAGAAUCAGUUUAGAACGGACUGACUCCAGAAGGCUGGCUCUCUAGGGCCUGCUAGUGUUGAAUUUUAGUUUGCACUCAAGAGAAGGGAAGAGGAAACAAGGUGUUCAGCUGAAAGUAAUCGUUUGUUAAAGACUUCUUUAAGAGAUCUACACUAAAGCAAUCUGAAUCUUAUUUGUUUAGUUUAAGCUUGUAAAUGAAGCACAGAGACAGUGAAACAGCAAAGCUAAAAAGGGGGGUGAUCCGAGAGACGUCCAACCAGCAAUUUUACAUGCAACGUUCCUCAACCUGAGCUCAUGGACUGUUGAGAACUCAUAAUUCAAAAUGAAGCAAGUGUUUUUCAGCAUGACUGUCCUGCUCAUUUCCUACAACUGUUUGAGCGAACACAUUUACACAUAUUUCGGUCUGGUCAUCUGCUUCAUGCUCUGGGCUAAAACCAUAUUCCACACAGAAAAUGGCUUGUCCGAUGGAUUUGGCCGGGCAGUGUUGAUUACAGGUUGUGAUAGUGGAUUUGGACAUCACCUUGCAAAGAAACUGGACCACAUGGGCUUCACUGUGUUUGCCGGAUGUUUAUAUCCUGAAGGUCCUGGGGCUCAGAGUCUGGUUGAAGAAGGCUCUGACCGUGUGAAGGUGCUCAAGCUGGAUGUGACCAAAGAUGAAGAUGUCUGCUUGGCCAAGAAUUUUGUGCAAGCAAAUUUGCCAGAGAAGGGUCUCUACGCUGUGGUGAAUAAUGCUGGAAUCAGUGACUGGGGAGAGACCGAGUGGAGCACUGCCAAGGACUUCCAGAACAUGGCUGAUGUUAACCUCUUUGGUGCCAUCAGAGUAACCAUCCCAUUCUUGUCACUCAUUAGAGCAUCCAAAGGUCGUAUGUUAUAUGUGUCAAGCAUCUUAUCUUUCUUCAACUGUCUGAACAUGGGAGCAUACAGUGUGUCCAAGCGGGGACUGGAGGCAUUUGCAGACUGCUUGAGAGUAGAGAUGGCCAGUUUCGGGGUUAAGGUCAGUAUUAUUCAGCCUGGAAAUUUUGGCAUAGCCACAAAGAUUCUGCACAAGAAAACCCCACAAGACGUAUGGGAUGAAUUUGAUGAUGCACGUAAACUAACAUUCAACCAGAAAUACAUUGAGAUGGCAUGUGAAUAUUUUAAUUCAUUGUGCACUUCCGGAUUUAAAGAUUGCUCUAUGGUUAUCAAUGCCAUGUUACAUGCUCUCACUGCUCCCAAACCUCAAACCCGAUACCUGCUUGUUUCCUGGAGAGAAAUGUUUUUUUUCUACAUAUGCCCUUUUCUCCCAACUUUUAUUACUGAUUCUGUGUUUCAUGCAAGUUCCAUGUAUCGCAAGCGUAAAGAAAUGCUUUACUUAUAAUUAGUUUAUUCAUAAUCAGAACAAGAAAGCUUGCUUUACAUAGAUGACUCAAGUCCUAAGUGUUGCUGUAAGACAGAUGUAACUCUAACAUGAGACAUGUUGCAAAGUUUUUCUGGACAACUGUACACAAACAUAUGUUCUAAAACAUACUUUACCAUAAAUGUGUGUUAUUUACUCCUUUCACUUUGCUCUCUGAGUAAAAACAUAAUAAACUGUCAUAAUUAAUCUUGCUGAAGGAUGUAUCAUAGGCAACAUUAAAAGUGCUUAAAAGGUCAAGAAAGUUCUUUCAAUUCAUCCCCUUUUUAAUUGGACACAUGAGGUGUCCUGAGCUGUGACUGUUUUUGUAUGUAUGUUUGUUAACUUCAUACGAGUUGAGAAACUAUAUGGAAUAUUUGUGCAUUUACAAAUGCAUUCAAAACGCCACAGGACCGUUGAAACUAUUGAAGGUGAAAGGUUGAAAGAAAAAAUGUGACCAGUUAAUCUUAAAGGGGUCAUGAAUGGCAUUUUCUUAAUCAUUUUAUAAUGUUAUCUGAGGUACACUUAUAAAGUUAGUGUGCUCAAAAAUGCAUCUUAAUUUAGCAGUAACUGGCUAUUUUCUAUUUUCCUGUUUUUGAGCCUCUCUGCAGAACGGUCUGUUUUUAUAGGCCGGGCGCAUUCAAGACUCACAAGUAAAGACCCACUGCUGUGAUUGGCCAACAGUUUUGCUCAUAAGAAAAAACAGAUGGACACUGCUGUGAUGUACACUGAAA